AUAUUUAGGUGGUGUUGCCAUUAUUAUUGGACAAAGAACGGAGAGAAUUUUGUACAUUGGCAUAAGAAACAAAUACUGUUACGUAUGCUCACAUGCGGAAAAUACUCAUCAAACAGUACCACAUCACCAAUGCUUCAAAAACUGGAACUCGAAUUCUCAAGCCAUGGAAGCUGACAUCAUCCUUGAUGGAUUCCGUUUGGCAGAGAAAAUGCAUGGGUUACGGUAUAUGUGGUUAGUUGGUGAUGGGGAUUCAUCAGUUUAUGCCAAAAUACAUGAAGAAAUUCCAGUUUGGGGAAUUCAUGUUCAAAAAUUAGAAUGUUCAAAUCAUGUUUGUAAGUGCCUUCGUUCAAAUUUGGAAAAGCUAGUGGACGCUAAUCCUCAUUACAAAGGUAGGAACAACCUUACAAAAGCAGUUCGCAUUCGCUUAGUAAGUGCUGUCCGAUGUGCUAUCCGGAUACGAUCCAAAGAAGAAAAUGUACAUAAUGCAAUAAUCAAGUUAGAAAAAGACAUUAGAAACUCAGUUCACCACAUUUUUGGCAACCACAACAACUGUUCAGAUUUCUGUAAAGCUAAAUUAAUUCCACCUAUUAACCAAACAACAUCUUACACUAAUGAUUCCAAUGAAGUAGACGAACCAUCUGAUUUAUGUAUUCAAAAUAAUUUACUUUGGGAAGAAGGAACAUCUUUAAAAGAUCAGGAACUUUCACGAUAUUCUUUAACACUUUCAUAUUCUGAUCUUAAAUCAGAUAUGUUGAGUGACAUUUCAGUAUUGCUGGACAGAGUUGCUAAUAAAAGUAAAAGACUCAUCAAUAAUACAACAACUAAUUUGGCUGAGUGUUGGAUGCACAUGCGCACCAAAUUUGACGGAGGCAAAGUCUACAAUUUGUGUAAUCGUGGGUCAUGGCAUACCAGGUGUUAUGGUGGAUGUUUACGAAUGAAUGUCGGACCACAGUGGUCUCCCACUGUUUGGAAACAGGUGACAGACUCCUCACCAGGAUACCACUUCAUAAAACUAUAUGAGGAAAGGGACAAGCAAUUGACAAUUUCUAAUCAGUCUAAAUCCAAGCCACAAGCUCAAUCUAAUAGGUGGAAAAGAAAAGUGUCUUCUGCUAAUGAGAGUACAUCAAAGUCUGCCAAAUCAUCAUACGGAAAUGAGGCUAUUCAGUGUGAAGAUGAUGUUGAUACAUCUGUUUUGAAUACCAAAUGUGACCAGUUCAUGUCUCAUCACAUUAACAUUUCAAAUGAUAAAAUUAAUGCUAUUACAACUCUAACCGAAGAUCAAUCUAAUUCUCAAGUUUGGCAUCAAGAAAGAAGAAAAAGAAUAACAGCAUCAAAUUUGGGACUAACUUUGAAACGAAAAACAUCAAUAUCUGUGAAAAACAUUGUGGAACAACUUCUAUACAAAACUUUUAAAGGGAAUGAAUUCACACUUUUUGGAUUACAACAAGAAAGAAAUACCAUUCAUGAAUAUAUUUAAAAAAAAGCUGAACAAGGAAUUAAUGUUAAUGUUAACAGAUGUGGAUUAUUUAUUCAUCCUGAACAUAAAUUUUUAGGUGGAAGUCCGGAUGGAAUCGUUUUUAUCAACAACAAUAUGGAAGGACUUAUUGAAGUUAAAAAUGUUUUAAAAAAUAAAAAAAUGAACUUAUUUGAAGCUGCCAAUACAAACAGAAAUUUCUUCUCAGGAAUAGAAAAGGACAGAUUAAAAUUAAAACUGAACCACAAUUACUAUUAUCAGUGUCAAGGUUUAUUGUAUAUAUGCAAUUUACCAUGGAUAGACUUUAUAGUAAGGACCACAGACCCAUACCAACUCCACGUGGAAACAAUUUAUAAAGACAAUACCCUUUGGGAAUCAUGGAUUCUAAAGCUUAAAGCAUUUUAUUGCAAGGUUUUAUUGCCAGAGUUAGCUUGUCCGAGACACAGAAAAAUUCCUGGAAUAAGAGAGCCUGGAGUAUGGUUUGAAGAUACAACCAAGCCUUCUGUAAGUAAAAGGACGGUUACAUGUCGUAAGAAAACUACUUCAAGGACCAAAUCAACUUCCACAGUGACGCAGAAGAUUAGUACAGUAACAUCAGAUAGGAAUACUGCAAGACGAGCAGCAUCUUCAAAAACAAAGUUUGUUGGUAGACAAAUUAAACAUAAAUGGAAGUUGUGCAUUGAUUCUGAAAAUACCGAGUGGUAUACUGGCUAUGUGACAUCCCUUUUGUCUGGAGUCGAUGGCAAUUCUAAUGCAGUGUAUGAAGUGCUAUAUGACAAUGAUGACGAACCUUACAUGAUUGACCAUCUUGUAGAAGACUUCAAGGAAGGAUCAGUACAGUUUUUGGAUUUAUAGGGUAUAAUCUCACAUACAUAUAUGUUUUUAAAUACUGUGCAUAACAUUGCAUGAUAUUUUUAAAACAAUUUAUGUUGCAAUGUGAUGAAUAAUAUUCCCCAUAAUUUCACUUGCAUAUUGUGUAAUAACCCUCCUUAUUAGCUCACCUAAGCACAAUGUGCUCAUGGUUAUUUUUAUGUCCCCCGCUAUAGUAGUGGGGGACAUAUUGAUUUUGCCCUGUCUGUUGGUUGGUUGGUCAGUUGGUUGGUCUGUUGGUUGGUUUGCGCCAACUUUAACAUUUUGCAAUAACUUUUGCUACAUUGAAGAUAGCAACUUCAUAUUUUGCAUGCAUGUGUAUCUCAUGAAGCUACACAUUUUGAGUGGUGAAAGGUCAAGGUCAUCCUUCAAGGUCAGAGGUCAAAUAUAUGUGGCCCAAAUCGCUUAUUUUAUGAAUAAUUUUGCAAGAUUGAAGAUGGCAACUUGAUAUUUGGCAUGCAUGUGUAUCUCAUGGAGCUGCAAAUUUUGAGCGGUGAAAGGUCAAGUUCAAGAUCAUCCUUCAAGGUCAAAUAUAUGGUUUAAAAUUGCUCAUGUAAUGUCACUUCUGCAAUAUUGAAGCUAGCAAUUUAAUAUUUGAAAUGCAUGUUUAUAUCAAGGAGCUGCACAUUUUGAGUGGUGAAGGGUCAAGGUCAAGGUCAUCAUUCGAGGUCAAACGUCAUAUAGGGGGACAUUGUGUUUCACAAACACAUCUUGUUGUAUUCUGUUUUGUCCGUCGUGCGUCAUACGUUAUGCAUCAUGCUGCAUCAUCAUUUAAAUUGUUUACCCUAUAGAGGCCACAUUUAUUGUUUAUGUUUAAUGAAAUUUUGUCAGAAGAUUAUUAUGUCUCAAUUAUAUUUUGAAUGAGUAAAGUAAUUAUUAUGUGUGGUUGAAAAACAUUAGUGACAAGGGGCGUGGCAUUUUUCCUUAUAUGACUAUAUAUGGCUCUACUUAAACCUUGUAAACACUUUAGUGGUCACAUUUAUUGUACGAUGUUAAUGAAACUUGUACAGAAGAUUCAUACCAAUAAUAUAUUGGAUUAGUUACAAAAUGAUGAUGGUUGAAAAACAUGUAUGCCAAGGAGGCAGGGCAUUUUUCAUUACAUGCCUAUAUAUGGCUAUAGUAAAACAUUGUUAACACAAUUUAUGCCACAUUUAUUGUCUGAUGUUCAUGUAAAUUGAUCAUAACAUUUGUAACAGUGAUGCAUUGAAUGAAUUUUAAAAUGUUUCUGUCUUUUUGAAAAUCAUUGCCUCCAAUAGGGCGGGGCACUUGUCCUUAUAUACAUAUAGUGAAACCUUGUUAACACUAUAGAGGCCACAGUUUAAGUGUGAUUUGAAUUAAAUUUGUUCAUAAAAUUGGUGUAAAUUAUAUCUUGGAUGAGUUGGAAA